UAAUCACCUGAAAAUUAUUAUUAUAACCAUCAUUAUCAUCAUCAACAACAUUAACACAUUCUAACAGUUGGCCACCCUAUCAUCAUCAUCAUCAUCAUCAGCAUCGACAUCAUAAUCAACUAAAACUAUACUAAAUAGACAAUGAUAUUAUCAUCGAUGAUAAUGAGGUUAUUGUUGUGGUUAUUAAUAAUUAGUGGGACAAUCAUCAUCAUCAGCACCACCACCACCACUACAGCUACCGCUACCGCUACUGCCAAUGAUGAUGAGCUACCACUGCUCGAUGAAUCGGUCAACGAGUUGGCCACCGAUACCGAUCAUCAUCACCUGACACUAUGUCCGGAUGUAUGCCAUUGUCAUGGAUUUACAGUCGACUGUUCCCAGCGAUCGCUGACAUCGUUGCCCAAACAUAUACCGCUAACUGUCCGGGAACUACGACUCGAGCAAAACAUGAUCAGAGAAUUGCCAGCGAAAGCAUUCUCGCCGUUCAAACAAUUAGUUUCAUUAGAUUUGUCUAAAAAUAAUAUAACAACCCUUUCGUCGGAUACGUUCAGCGGUCUUAAAGUAUUGCAAACACUUUUUUUGUUUGGCAAUCAAAUAAGUGAAUUACCCGACGGUGUAUUCAAUGGACUGUCAUCGCUGUCCAUACUGCUAUUGAAUGCCAAUCGGCUAUCGUGUAUAAAAAACGACUCGUUUACUGAUUUAUCAAAUUUAAAUCUAUUAUCGCUAUACGAUAAUAAUAUUGAAUAUCUACCGGAUGGCAUAUUUGACAGUCUAAACAAUAUAAAAACAUUACAUUUGGGUCGCAAUCCAUUCAUAUGCGACUGCAAUCUGAAAUGGUUGGCCCGAUAUCUGGAAGCCCGGCCAACGCUGGAAACAUCGGAAGCCCGAUGCGAAUCGCCGAAACGUGCUGUCCGUAAACGUAUUCAACAGCUAUCGCCCGAUAGGUUCCGGUGUCACGAACCCGAUGAGUGGCGUACCUGUCCGUGUUCGUCGGCAUCGGUAGUCAGAUGUUCGAGGCAUCGGCUCAAAGUGAUGCCCAGGUAUAUGGAUCCAUUGUCGACGGAACUAUACAUGGAUGUCAACGACAUUGGCCGGGUAUCACCUCAUGUCAACCAACUGUCCCAAUUGACUCGACUGGAUCUGAGCAACAAUCAGAUUAGCCUAUUGGAGGACAACAUUUUCGGCAACCUAUCCGAGCUGCAGACCCUGAUCUUGAGCUACAAUAAACUCCAAUGUAUCCAAUCGGGUGCGUUCAGGGGUCUGAAAAAACUCCGGGUUCUAUCAUUGCACGGAAACGACAUAUCGAUGCUACCCGAAGGGUCGUUCAUGGAUUUGAUUAGUAUAUCGCAUGUGGCUAUGGGUGCCAAUCCAUUGUAUUGCGAUUGUAAUCUCCGAUGGCUGGCCAAAUGGAUACAACGGGAUUUUAUUGAAGGUGGUAUCGCCCGAUGUCACGAGCCCCGGGCUAUGCGGGACAAGUUGAUAAUGUCGGCACCGGCCUCUCAUUUUCUCUGUGCCGAAGAUCCCGAUCCGCAGAUACUGGCCAAAUGCGAUUCGUGCUAUUCGUUUCCCUGCGCUAACGGUGCCAGCUGUCAGGCCCGGCCAUUGAGGGCCUAUACAUGCCAGUGCGCACCCGGUUUUUAUGGCGAUCAUUGCGAGUAUAAAAUCGAUGCCUGUUUCGGGCAGCCGUGCGAAAAUCAGGGCACCUGUAAGGUGAUGGAGGCUGGCCGAUUUAAUUGCCACUGUUCCCCAGGUUUUGAUGGCGACCGAUGCCAGCACAACAUCGACGACUGUCUGGCCAACAAAUGCGAAAACAAUGGCACCUGUAUCGACCAAAUCGACUCAUACCGGUGCCACUGUCAGCCCGGGUAUUCGGGCGACUAUUGCGAAACAAAAAUCCAAUUUUGUAGCGCCGCCGGCACCUCCAGUGGACACCAUCAGCAGCAGCAGCAGCCGUGCAAAAACGGUGGCCACUGUGUCGAUCAUCGAUCGCACUAUCAGUGCCUAUGCCAGCCGGGAUAUGCCGGGCAAAAUUGUACGGAUAAUGUGGAUGAUUGCGGCCGCGAUCAUAUGUGCCAGAAUGGUGCCACUUGUGUGGAUGGCCUGAAUGCCUACCGAUGCGACUGUCCAGUAGGAUUUUCGGGUAAAUAUUGUGAACUGGAGCCAAUGGUCGAAAUGUAUCCCCAGCAGACCAGCCCGUGCCAGCAGCACGACUGUACCAAAUAUGGUGUAUGUUUUCAGCCGAUUUCCGGCUCAUCCGACUAUGUAUGCAAAUGUACGGCCGGCUAUACGGGUCGCCGAUGCGAACAACUAUCGGCCGUAACGUUCCGACAACCGGAUAGUUAUCUCGAGUUGGAUUCGGUUAGCAAAUCUAUACUACCGAUGCUCAACCUGACCUUUCGGUUGGCCACUCAACGCGAAUCGGGUGUCGUACUGUAUUUGGUGGGUACCGAUAGCCAGCAUAUGGCUGUCGAGUUGUUUAGGGGUCGGCUGCGGAUAUCGCUGGAUGUCGGCAACUAUCCGGUGUCGACAAUGUUUUCCUAUUCAACCGUAAACGAUGGCCGCUGGCAUCACGUCGAGCUCGUAUUGGUCAAGAAAAAUAUUACAAUGCGUGUCGAUGGCGGCCCGGGCCGUACCAUUGUUAACGAAGGUACCCGCGAGCAUCUGGAUGUCAAACAGCAACCGUUGUUUAUUGGCGGUAUACCCGCGGAUGUGGCCGCCAUAGCCGUCAAGAACUGGCAUCUAUGGAAUCAGUCAAGUCUUGAAGGUUGUAUGCGUGAAAUCUAUAUUAACGGUUUGGCGCCCGACCUGAACAGCGCCCGCCGUCAGCAUCACAUACAGACUGGCGGCGGCAGCGGUGGCGGCAGUUGUCCAUCAUUUGACGACCAUCUGACCCACUUGGCCAGUGGUCAUCAUCAUAAUCCGUACGGCUAUAUCGACGACUCGUCGACGUCAGCCUCGACGGCAGCAGCAGCGGCGUCGGCGACGGCGACCAGCAGUAAGGUUUGCGCCAACAAUCAGUGCCAAAACGGUAAAUGUGUGCCAAAGCUUUCGAGCAAACGGGGCGACAAAGCCCACUACCAGUGCAAAUGUCAUCCGGGUUGGACAGGACAGUACUGUGAUGAAGAGAAAUCAAUGGGAACGGUAGCAGCAGCAGCAGCAGCGGCAGCACUUUCCGGAUCGGGGACAGGUAGCUGUCAAAAGUCGGUAAAACGUGACUAUCUGUACGAUGAAGAAAGCGGUUGUCGGUCGACUAAAAAACUAAAGUUAGCCCACUGUACGGGCACUUGUAGUAGUAGUACAGGUGCUGGUGGUGGUGACGGCAACUGUUGUAAGCCAUUGAAGAGUAAACAUCGGACGGUCCGUAUGGCCUGCAGUGACGGUUCAAAAUAUACCAAAGAUGUCGAAAUUGUACGCAAGUGUGGCUGUAGUAGUGGUCGCAAGUGUUGAUAGAGAGACCCCCUAACCGACACACCCGACCCUUCAUACAAAAUACCGACAGUUUUUUUUUUGAUACUAUAGUAUUACUAUUAUUAUUAUUAUUAUUAUUACU